AUGUACGUUAACUACAAAAAUCCCUGCAAAUACAUCAUUGCUGAUAAUAUAGCCCAGUAUCCUAAACCAGAAAACUUCCUCGAAAAGACAAUGAGCUCAAGGUCUCGAAGUAGAAAGCGACGCGCAGGUUCUCCAUCAACAAGCGCAGGUACAAGGGAUACCACCAAGGCUUCGAACACUACACCCUAUAAUCGUAACUUCCAGCAGAAUCUAAUUGACCAUGGCGUUUGCCCUGAUGGAUGUGAAUAUCCCGAUGGUCGGAUACCAGCAAUGCCGAAUAACUGGAAGGAGAUCAAUGAAACAUUAGCCCGGCCCCGACCCUCCUUUUCCCCAUCGAAGUUCUUCGAUGAACAUUUCCGGAAAUUCAAAUGA